AGCCAUAUAAUAAAAAUUCCAACUUUCCAAGCCGUUACGAGGCAGCAGUCGCAGUUCCACCGCCCCGGUACCUCAUAACCUCGCAGAUAAUCAUGUGCUCUCUGCGGCUCCUCCGCUGCAGGACCGCGACCUGCAGGAGCCCGAAGGGAGAGCUACCUAACACGAUUCCGCUUGUAGGUAAUUAUGGUGAACUGCGACACCUACAGACCCUACGUGCAACUGCUGAUGCAAUGCUCAAGCAGCGGACUCUGCCUCCGGAUUCCUGUCCUUCCGCACCUACCCGUUGGCUUCCUGCAAGGAAACAAGAGAACGUCUUCUACACCACUAACCACCCUACUUGGCCGUCCCCACAGCUGCACGGCACCAUUGCAUUCAUUCCGUGCCUCCCACUGCUGCUCACGUCCGUCCACCAGGAACAUGACGACACUAAUGCCUGCCGUAACGCCUCUAGGGAGGAGCGUACCACACUACACGACACGGUUCGGGGCCGGAUGGGGGCGGGCUACGACCCCAUCCCAACGCCCACUUGGGCGAAAUCCUCCUCCCUCUUUCCACAACAAGCAUGCGCAACAAGGCAAAAGAGUCAGGACCCACAAAGCCUACCGCGCCAACGAACCGUGUGCGAACGUGAACACGUGCUGGGUGGGACCCAUCGGCACAAAUUCGAAAUAGUUCCGGGCUCCCGGUCCGCUCUGAUGGAGGCAUACUCCGUUCUGGUAUCUCACAUAAGCAGGUGCCCCUCCCCUGGACCGAUCGAGUCCAGUCAAGUCCGCGCGCAGCAGCGACAACGGGGCGCAAAGAAUGAAGUACAGCUACCGCACAAAACGGUCGUGGGGCGCCCAGAACAGAGAGAGAAGGGGGAGCGUGAUGAGCGCCACAAAGGACCCGACCACCCGGCGGGCCAAAGGUCAAAAACAGGCAAGAAGAGCGCCAUCACGAAGACUCAACGGCACUCAUGA